AUGGACAAGCCCAAACCCAACGCACAGGGAUUCCAUGUGCAAGACUAUGAGAUCACUUAUCGGACGUGUGUAGCGAUCUUCUUGGCCGUGCUAGCUUCAGUAAGUAUGAUCCCACUGAAGGAAUACUAUCUGGGUAGCUACGUCACUAAACCGUUCGACGAAGUGCGAGACGAGAUCGCAGCCAGAAAGCUCAACCAGAUGGGCGUCGUUAUGAGUGGAGUGCACUACUACGACACGUUCAGCCGAUCCCAAUUCCCUCUAAUCGACUUAGAGACCAGAGAGGAGCUCUCUCGCUCUACGGCUUCUGACAUCUCGCUUACCGAUUUUCUCGUUCGUGCCAACUUACGUCGAGACGAUCUUCUCGCUGGUCUGCCAGAAGAAAUGCUAAAUCAACCUGUAGACCUCAUGGUAGACGUAUUAGCUCCGCUUUGUGGCCCUGUCACUGAUACCAUCAUGUCAUGGGAGACUGAACCACAGCUCCUAUUCGGCAACUGGUUCCCCGCUAUUCGUCAUGAGUUCUGCCGCGACUUUCACGAUACAUUUCCACUCGACCGGUACUUUAAUCACGGCUCCACUGCGCCAAUUGAUGCGAAUCUUUCGAAGGUUGGAGACGUUACUCUGGGCCUCAUCGCAGUAGUCAACAUGUCCGAAGUUUACUUACGCCACUUCAACGACGAGCUUGUGGUGCGGAAGAUCAUGAAAAAUGUGCAGGAAGGAUACGUAGACAUGAGCCUACCAGACUACACUAACGCCGUCGCUGACGCUAUUGUUGCUCGUUACAGUAAAGGGAUCUCGUUAAGGGAUGUCGUGGCGUUGCUACCGGGAUCAUUCGAUAUCCACCAUGUAGCACUUGUGGAUGUUUUGGGUGUAAGCGCUUUAUUAGCGCUCUAUUUGGAGACACAACAGCUCACAAUGGGGGUGAAUGUCAACGGAGAAGCGGCGAUUCUGGCCGAGGUGACUCAUGCCGCUGCCUCGUUCUUCACGUCGGAUUUCUUGAUUAACACGGUUGGGAUGCAUUUAACCUCUACAAUGCAUUUGGCUCCAUUCUGGAACUGCGCGAUCAAGCAUACAACAAUGGACAAAGCCAUAACGGUUGAAGAUGUGGAUGCUGAGGCAAUUAAACAGUGUGGAAAUGACCUAUCGCGUAUUAUUCCGACGUUCGCGGUGAAUCUCAUGUUUCUCUUCCAAAAAGACGAUCGAGACUACACUAAGCUGGAUAACACGACAAUAUACACAUUGGGGCGUCGUCGUGAGACUACAGCUGGGUAUGUGGCGCUCACGCUUCCAGAGACGCUGACAGAGUCUCCGUUACUGGCAAUUGACGGUACAGCGUGGACGAAGUCUCGCUCGAAUAAAACACCCUCUCAACCAGCAACGACGCCGUACGGAUACUUGUAUACACCAGACUGUCGGGGUAUUGUCGACUCUGUCAUGCAGCAAAGUGGACGUAAUGUACAGAAAUACCAAGCGUAUAUGGGAGACGGACUGGGAAACUGCGCGUUCCGAGAUUCCCAGGAGACUGAGCUGCAGACACUGUGUAGAUUAUUCAUGACGUCAGAGGAGGUGCUAUUCCGUGAUCUAGACGGGAACCUUAUUCACCUUCCAACGUGUGCGUCGUUAGUCACCUCGAGUGAUGCCGAAAUUCAAGUUAUCGAGGAGGAAAAUCUACGACAAAUCGAGUGGUUUAUGAUAGACACGACGCUGAUCAACCGACGUAUCCGAAUCCAAGACAACACCAGUCGACAGAUUCGCACUUUCCUGCUGAUUCUCAACUUGAUAGGCGCUUCGUAUUACGCUCUCGAGUACAUUUACAUCCUCAAGAGUGUCUGGAUUUUCAUCCGUAACAGCGUGUAUCGACCUGUAGAGGAGAUCCAAUCCCGGCUCCAAACAUCAGAGUCGAUCAACAGCGAUGCAAUCUCGUUAGUUCGCAUCGGUUUGCUCGAGUUACUCCAAUGUGAUCCAGCAGACGGAGCCUUGGAACAUCCAGGCACGAUGGUUUUACUGUAUCUUGGCGCUAUCGGCGCUCUAAGUAACAUUUUCUCGCUUGGAUGCAGCGCUCAACUGUCCACUGCAGAAGGCAGUAUCGUGAUUUACUGCACUCCUGCUAUCCCUGUUCGCAGUCUCACCCUCGUUUUCACGACAUUAAGCAGUAGCUACUGGGUGAUCCGAGUCACAUUACAGACCAGAUCAUUAGCGAUGCGUCUGGAUCACGCCGCUCGGAAUGAUUUUCUUCGGUUCUGGACGUUGAACGCCACUGCAGUGUUGGUCAUCCACUUUACGUGUAAAGUCGGAGCUGAUCUCAUGCUGCGUAACGCCGAGUUACACUCUGAUCCGCAUCUGUACGCGAUCUUUGGUGGCUUGGCUGUGGCUCUUAUUAUUUCCGUGGGGUUUCUACUCUUGCAUUUAGCAUCUACAGAUUCGAAGAAACUCAAGAAUAUGAUGAGAAUACGCACGUCACGGACGCUGUGGCGUGAGGUUUCUGCACGGGAAACGGAUGACCGUGCGUUUGUAGCGAAGUGGAGUACCAAAGGGCUGGACUCGGUACUGUAUCACUGUGCCACUCCUCAGAUCGCUCGACAAUUGGAAUUGUUCGGUAGUCGGCAACAAGGUGAGUCCGGUUUGGCCAGGAAGAUCAAGAAGUUCGUCGUGGAUCAACCAACUGGAGUCAAGAUGCAUCAGUUUGUUGCGGUGCACUGUGCAGCCGGAUCGCAUGCCCAUUUGAAGACUGUUAAGUGGUAUCUGGAACCGAACGGGACUGGAGGAGUCAUGAGUGUGAAUCCGACACCAAAGACCACAUCUCGCGUCGUAUGCACUGUAGAUGACACUGCAAGCGACUAGGAUAUAUAGAAAUAUUGCGAGGAACUGACAAUGAAAGAGUAGUUUGUAUAAUCUUGGUCCGGAGACCAAGGUGAAAUGCUCUACGACAGAUUAUGUAAGCACGGGCAGAAUGCUAUGGGCGGGGUUUCAAAGAUGAUCUAUACCUAUUAAAAAUGUUUUUAGCGACG